CACCAACUUUAUUCCAACUGUUUUUCAUUACCAUUUCAAUUCCAGGCCCACAUUUGGCGUGUGUUCCUGUUCUCUUUGUCAAAUCUAAUCUACAAUAUCUGCAUACAUAUGCAUUGUACACACCCCUUCAGCCCUUCUGAACUCAAGUUUUGUCAGACUCCAUUCACUGCAACAACAAAAAAAGCUCUAAAUUUGGCUUAAAUUGGAAGUGUUACUCUUGUAGUAGUACCAACCAAUUUUGAAAACAAACAUUCUGUUUCUGUUUUGAAGGUUGACUAUGUCUGCUGCUGUUGGAGCUGUGUCCACAACCAAAGAUGUUACAUUCAAUGCUCAUUUAGAGGAAGAGCUCAAAAACAAAGGAAUCAACAAGGUUGAUGAGGAACAAGACCAGCUCCUUUACAAUGAUGCUGCUGAAGAAACUGAGCUAGAAGAGGAAGAUUCCAAGUUGGAAUUGGAUCUUGGCCCUCAGUUUUCCCUCAAGGAACAGCUUGAGAAAGAUAAAGAUGAUGAGAGUUUGAGGAAAUGGAAGGAGCAACUUCUUGGAAGUGUUGACAUGUCUGCUGUUGGAGAGAACAAAGAGCCAGAAGUGAAGAUAUUGAGCCUCACCAUCAUAUGCCAAGGAAGGCCUGAACUCCUCUUGCCAAUUCCAUUCACUACCAAUUCAAAGAAGAGUAGUAUCUUCACCCUUAAGGAAGGAAGCCGGUACCGUCUGAAAUUCUCCUUCACUGUCUCUAACAACAUUGUUUCCGGCCUCAAAUACACCAAUGUUGUUUGGAAAACUGGAGUUAGGGUGGACAACGCAAAAAGAAUGUUGGGAACAUACAGCCCUCAACAGGAACCGUAUACAUAUGAAUUAGAAGAGGAAACUACCCCUUCUGGCUUAUUUGCUAGGGGAACCUAUUCAGCAAGAACCAAGUUUGUAGAUGAUGAUCGCAAAUGCUACUUGGAUGCCACUUACCACUUUGAAAUUCAGAAGAAUUGGCCUGCAGCUCACUGAGAUUUUCAAUCUCAAGUAAUUUAAGUGUGGAUUUUUUUUCUCUGUCUUCUUGUAUCUUCUAGGGACAAAUUGAAAUCCAACUUUAUGUUUAUUAAAUUCAGUUAGUGGUUCACAUG